AUGAUGUCCAGCGGGGGCUACACCACCAUCGAUGACCAGAAGAUCUCCGGAUCUGUUCCCGUAAUGCCCUUCCUUUGCCUAGCAGCUCUCCCGUUUGUGUUCUUGCCCUUUGCUUGCGAUUUCACGGACUCUUGACGUCUUUCCUGUCUUAAUUUGCGGUCGUAGGCUGUGGUCUCCGGCGCGGAUCACGUCGGCGUCAAGUUCUCUGGUUGGACCGUUCGUUUUUCUGGGAUUAAUUUCCAGUUUUUUUUCUAGAUUUUCCUUUCACAUACAACAAAAUUGAGGAUUCCCUACUGAACUUUUCAUCAUUAUAGAUUCCAAUCUCCAGACUUUUCCGCCCUCCGAGGCGCAGGGAAAGAUCUCUGGGGUGUUUCGCCCUCCUCCAGAUGCAGAUGGUUAGCGCAGAUCAUAUUUCCCCUCUGGUUCCCCUUGCGAAUCUUCUAGUUUUUUCUCCUGAGAUUUUGUUCUAUUUCCUAAUCGGGAGGUUCCCUCUCGUAGACACAUUCUCAAAGCCAGCCCCUGGAAGUUCCUCGGAUGGGCCUCAGACCGGCGGCUGGAUGAGCAGGCUCACAAUCGGAUCUUACAAACCUUAUUUUGAUGUCGACACAUCUGAUGUGUUGGAAAGGAUCAAAGAUUCUCUAUUCCCAUUCAAGGCUACCUUUACCGAGAAGACAGCCAACAAUCCCGAUUUGUAAGACAAACAGGAACUUGCCUCGGAUUUUUCACCCUAAUAUUAUUUUUAUUAUGUCAUAACCUUUUUAUGUCAAUGUUGCAUUUCCAUGAGGUUAAUGGGAAUGCUUUAGGUGAAUUUUCCAGCGCAAAAACAGAUUUGUUUUACUUUGAAUCAACUUUGCUGAGUUACAUGAGGCAAACCUGCACGAACAAAAAUUUCCUUGAAAAAUAUGAACGUUGUUUGUUCUUUGAUUCUUAAUAUUUAUGCUAUAUAUCCUUUUUUGGUUAACAUCAUGAGCAUGCAGCAAGUAAUGAGAGGUACUUGCAUGAGCUUUAAUGUGGAAGCGGAUGCUUGGAUUUUUUUUUAAUAUUAAAGAGAAGUAAACUCAUGCCAUUAAUUAAGGUAAAUGCUAUUAUUUUUACUGAUCACCCUAGUCUAUAUAUUUUUUGUGAGUAGUGUCCCUCUGCCAUUCAUUUGUUUCCCUUUGAAUCAAAGCUCUCUAUUAAAACAGUAGUCUAAACUAAUAUCUCUAGCCCUCCAUAGAUGGGAAGACCUACUUAUCAAUGUCUCUUUGUGCAUCUUAUCAUCUCAAUGAAUGAGGGAGUUCGUUUUCCAAUUCGUGACAAUGAAGACUGAGGUUGUAUUCGUAAAGCCUUUAACAUGGCCUCUCUGUUUUCUGAAGGCAGCAUUAUCAAUGGUGUCAUAUGCAGUAAUACAUGGUGUUGUUCCCUUAGGAAUUGGGUCAUAUCUUGAUCUCUGGUUAGCCUGAAAUUAAUGUUUUCAAGUGGGGACACUACCAAAUAUAGAGUGCUCUCGCCAUAUCCUUUUGCUGAAUGCCAACAAAAAAUGCAUCCCCGAGACUGAUUGAUUAUAUGAUCAUGCUCUCGUAUUGGAUAACAGUGGUUGCACGGCAUCCCAUUCCAUCUGGUACCAUAGAAAUAGUAGUAAGGUAUAGAAAGGCAUAAAACAUUCACAAACAGGCUGUGGAAAGGUGUAGUGGAUAGAUGAUGGGUCAUGUCUAAUCAUACACAGGAAAGCCGAUACGCAACAUGGGCACUAUGAAGAUGACAGAUUAUCUAUUCCAAGAUGAUGGGAGCAGGAGCUCAUUUUGGUUUGAAAGAAAUGGAAGAGAUGGGAUUCAACGGCUAAAAGCCGAAGUGGAAAAUGCCUCGGAUGAUGUUUCGAAUGAUACAACCCCGUGUCUGUCUGAAUCUAAAGAAAACUUUGUAUCAGGAGAUGACAUAAGCAUGUACCUGAAGUACAGGCUGAUGUGGAAAGAUGGUUCAGAGGUCCGUCCACUAUAUAUCCGCCGCCAUAAUUGAAUUCGAAUCUAGUGAGCAUUGUGAUAUGCUAUACACUUGUUCCACCGUAACCCCAGACCCUCCAUUUGGGCGACCAUGGUCAGGUUUGUUGAGUAUCUCCGUCCUACUACUGAGGAAAUGAGUCCAGAAAAUGUGGAUUUGAUCUCCUCAAAAAUGUGAGACUUCUGUUUCCUUCCUGUACCAGACACCACUCCAUGCCUGGGAAGCCCAACAAUGUGAUCUUGGUCUUGGACAGUCUCCUGAAUUGCCGCCUUUGUUGCUCCACCACUUCCAUGUCCAGCACCUUGAAACCCAAAACACUACUAUCAGAUCAAGCCGUCAUCAUCCAUGUUUAGUAACACAGAAUCAGAAAGGGAAUGGUGUCUUGUACAUAGCUCACCUGCUCUGCGAGCAUAGCCUUUCUAUAUUGAUCUCAGUCCUGCUACCGUUUCUGAUGAGUUUUACCAGAAACAGUCGAUUGAUCUCCGUUGUGAUGGGUUUUAUGAGAUAAACAUUCAGUUGAUCUCAGUCCUGCUAUCGUUUCUGAUGAGUUUUAUGAGAAAACAUUCAAUCAGUCUUCUCCGUUCUGAUGAAUGAGCUUUAUGAGAAGACAUUAGACUGAUGCUGCUAUCCUUUCUGAUGAGUUUUAUAAGAAAACACUCGAUUGAUCUUAAUCCUUCUACCCUUUGGAUUGAUCCCAAAUUUUCCGAUGUGAGUUUCCUGUGUAUAUUCACAGCUUUUUGUCCCUAUUUAGGCUGUUCUUGGUCUGGUUCCCAUCCCCAAGAACAAUACUUCUAAUCCAUUUAUUUCGAUUCCAAAUGCGAAGGUACGGGCCCUUCUGGAUCUGCACGACGCUGAUAUUCGUGGUGGCGGCAAUCAGCGCGUUCGUCGCCUACCUAGCGCACAAGUGGCAGAAGAAGGCGUGGGACUACGACAUCAGCCUGGUCACUUGGUCGGCAGGGAUCUUCUACGGCUAUGUGUCCCUCGUCCCCCUCGGUCUCUACCUCAUCCUCAAGUACUUCUCAGCACCCUCUGGCCUGGUCCAGCUCUGGUGCCUCUAUGGCUACUCCCUCUUCAUCUUCAUCCCCGCCUCUGUAAGUCUCUCUCUCUCUCUCUCUCUCUCUUUCUCUCACACACACACACUCACUCUCUAUCUCUCUAUCUCUCUUUCCCCAUCUCUCACCCAACCCUGUGGAACCCAGUUAUCUCUCUCUCACUCUUUCUCUCUCCCUCCCUCAAGCUUAAAACGGAAUCUAGGCUCAACCCACUGGAACCCAGUUAUCUCUCUCGCUCUCUCUCCUCAUCCCAAGUUUGCUACUGAAAGGGGCUCUCUCUGAUGGGCUACGUGUUAUGUUCAUUUCUUGGUAACAGUGCCUGUCGGUGGUGCCCGUGGAGGUGUUCAGGUGGGUGGUGGCCGGUGUGGCCGGGUUCACAUCGGCCGCCUUCGUGGCCCUCAACCUGCGCACCCACAUCAUGUCCGCCGGCGAGCGCUGGUUCCUCAUCGUCGCCGGUAUCUUCUUCCUCCAGCUGGCCCUCGCCGUCGUCCUCAAGUUCUACUUCUUCACCAUCACCGUCGGUGCAAGCAGUAGCUGA